ACAUGCGCAGUUAAGGCACACGCUUCAACGCCUGCAGGACAUGUAGCCUAGUGCGGGUGGAGACUGGACUUUAAGUGAAACAGACAGGAGCGCACUUCACUGCAGUCCGAGCUGAGGGAGUGGAAGUUUGCGAGAAACAUCAUGGCUCCAAGGUUCUGUGGAGUCCUCGUCCUUCUGACUGUGUUUCUCAGUGGACUGAAUGCAUCAAGACCAGCUGUAAACCAGGAACUAUCCAAUAUUUUCAAUGAGUUGUGGAGCCUGGAUGUGAAUCGUCUGACGCCUUUGACAGACUACACAGUCUCUGUUCAGGGCAGAGCUGGUUUUGUAACCCAGGGCAGCCAUGUCGUCCAGGAUCACGCCUCACAGCCUCUGUUCUCCAAUGUCAAUGAGAACAAACUGAAGAACAUAACCACCAUCUCUCGCUUCAUGAAACUCCUCGACAACUAUGAGCGGUCCACAGGCGUGGCUGAACGAGUCACAACAGAGGAGCUGACAGAGAUGAAUCUCUUCCUAGACGCCGUCUUAGAGACAGCCGUCAUGAAGCGGGCUCAUCAGUACCUGGUGACUAAAGGACAGUCCAACUCUAAUGUGAGGCUCUUUAAGAAUCAGCUGCGCUUGAUCUGGUUCCACCUCUACCACAGACAGAGAAACACAGGUCUGGACUCCUGUGGAUUCGAGCAUGUGUUUGUUGGAGAGACAAAAUCUGGGACGGACAUCAUUGGCUUUCACAACUGGAUCCAGUUUUACCUGCAAGAAAAGAACGCGCACUUGGACUACAAAGGCUACAAGGCCAGGGAUCAUGACUUACCCGAUCAAGACGACCACGUCCUGAACCUCCAGUUCAGCUGGCACGGUAUUGUGAAGCCCGUCGGCAGCGCCUUCAUUGGGACCAGCCCUGAGUUUGAGAUGGCACUCUUCACCAUCGUCUUCCUCAUGAACACAGAGAGGAGCACCACAGUGCUGGUCAACAUCGACCAGUGUCAGAUGGAGCUGGUGGUCAUCAGACACGGACGCUCCCUCGGGACUGCGUACCCCAAGCUGCUCAGCAGCAACAGCCGACAUGUUAGGCAGCACUCACACUGAGGAGGAGGAGGAUCUUCUGAUACAAAGUGAUCCUGAUAAUGUUCAUGUCAAAGAAUCUGAAGCACAAAUGUCCUGUGGUUUGGUUAAAACGGACAUAGAUGUGAACAUGUCUGUAGUUUUUAUCAAGACCACUGUAAACUUGAGUAAUUUGUCAUAAAAAGCUACUUCAGUGAAAGAAUUUUUUGCUUUUUAAAGUCAAAUAUUUGGUGUGUUUAUGCCUCAGCAAAUAAAGUGGCUUUCAGUUAACCUCUGUAAUACAUUUGAAUCGCUUCAUUACACUGAUGUGCUGAAUUAAGUUCCAAGUAUGCGGAAGAAGUACUCAAAUCCUUUUCUUCAGUAAAUGUGUCAAUAACAUAAUAAACUUUAAAUGACCAACAA